CUUCCAUGUUAAUAUGGUCUUGCUAGUGGCUUUCAAAGUCCUUAUUGAUGCCACUCAUCUUCAGGGAACCUCAGAUUUCCUCUCCCAGAGCUGACACCCUGGCAUUCUCUGAGGCUAUUACUGGUUAUUAGGAGCAGGUGAUAAGAAGGCAGAGGAAAACCCAAAGUGCUUGAUGUGCUGCUGGGCCUAUGGAGGUAUGUUUAUAGGAUACUUAAGUCACUGAUUUCAGAAAGAAAGAAGUCAAUCAUCAACAUGACAUGUUAAAAGAUCUCACAAAAGCUUUCCUUAGAUAAAUGAAAAUAGAUGGAACUACUCUGCCCCAAACAGACUUAGCUUGAGUAGUAAGUGGGGGUUUAGAGUUGAAGUGUGAAGUGGCUGUACACAAUACAUACACACACACACACACACUUUCUAAAGAGGUGCUGGAGUGCACAUUGCAUCAGAAGCUGUACUGGGCUGGGCCUUGUUUCCAUUCCUGCAACUUAGUCAUUACAACCACAGUUAAGCCACUAACUGGGUUUUCUUCCUUUUACCUCACAGGUUGUCUGGAAAUUAGAUGUUAUAGGUGCCUUAAACAGUAUAUAGUUUUAGCAGUUAGGUUUUUAAGUGUGGAUAUUAUUAAAGAUGUCAAACCAAAGAAUUCCAAAAUUACUUGAGAAAUUAUAGUCCUGUUUAGAAAUGAUUAAAUUUAUUUUUGAUCAUUCAAAAGCAAUUUAUAGCUUAACUAAUACUUUAUAUAUUGAAAAGCAGUGAUGAAUUUUUCAUCCACAAAUACUUACUAGACUGCACUAUGACCCAGGACCAUGCCCAACUCAGGAGCCCUGGUGUUGUUAGGUGGGCAGAAGGCCUUCCCCGUGGCAGGGCUACAUUGCAAUGUUGCUGAGCCUCAGAAAGGCAGGAGAGGCUCUGAGUUACUUUAAAGUCAGACUCAAAACAGUGUUGAACAAAUGUAUGCUGUGUACGGAAACAAGGAUGACAUUUAAGAUUUAAGCCUUACCAAAUGGCAGGGAGUGUCAGCUUUUACAUACACAGAGUACAUUUGGGGAAGGUAAAAGGGACAGUUUUGCAAAUCGUUGAAUCCGGUCCUGUCAAGUCAGCAGAUGGAAGCACAGCUUGGGAGUUCACGGAGAAGGCCCUACACUAAGGGAAUAUAAUAUUUAUCUUGAACAGUUUCAGUGGACUUCAAAGACUCUUUAAUAUCCACAUCAGAAGCUGAUAGCGCUCUGUAUUACAUUUCUAAAUAUGCUCCUCUUUAAGCUUCGCUCCGCAGGCUGUCAGGACCACGAGGAGGUCCGUCCAUCUACCUCUCUUCUGCUAGCUAAAGGGUGCAUCAGGCAGCCCCGGGAAGGAGUCCACACCAGGCCCUGAAGGGAGUGCCCAGGCUGCUUCUGAAGCAGCAGUAAUAACAGUGCUGUUAACAUAGUAAAGUACACCCCGGCAAACAUCUACAGAAUGGUUCACAUACUUCUACAUGAUCAAGUCUUUAUUAAAGGGCAGUACAGCUUAGAAGAAUCCAGACGCUACUCCUCCAAGGGAGAAAAACAGUAACUUGCUAAAUGUCAAAGUGGGAAAAGAAAAGCAGAUCCAAGAGAACACUGGGAAAACUCGAACAUCUGAAACAUGGCUUUCUCUUAAUGCAACCACUAACAUCUAACAUGUCUUAGCGUCUGUGUGUUCCUUGUGCUUUCUCAUUGGCUUUUUUUUUGGUUCGAUUAUUUUUUAUUUUUUUCUUAUUUUUAUUAUCACUUCUAUUUUUUUGUAGAUGGCUGUUUGUAUUCUAAUGAGAGAAAAGGGUGUGGAUUUAGGUGGGUGGGGAAGUAGGAAUCAUCUGGGAGGAGUGAAGGGAGGGAAAAACCAUAAUUGGAAUAUGCCAUAUGAAAAAAACGAUUUUCAAAAACAGGCUGUAAAGUUUAAAAAUCUAAUUAAAUGGUUAUUCUUUUCUGCCUAACGGCUAUGUGAUUUAUAACCUGUAAAAUUAAAAUUAUUAAGAAAGAAAGCUAAGCUAAAGGGCCGAGUGAAACACCUGCAGACAUGCCCAUGGCCCGAGCUGUUACUGCCAUGCUUCAUGUCAUCAUUUUGUACAGUGUCUUCCCGUUCCCUGAAGUCCAGCUCACACAGCUGUACUUGAGACUCUCGGGGGAGAGACUGAGGCAGAGCACCACAUCUGAGGGUUUAUGGACCACACUCUACCCAAAAGCUGCACUUUCUUUUAUUAACUAAAAAUCUUAAGGAAAAAUUUCUUCUGAGUGGUUUUUAAACAAUUUUGGGAGUGUUAGCUUCACACAAGACAAGAAGCAACGGAAUGAAACCUGAAAGCGGCAGUCUCACUAGCGUCUGCAGAGCGCCAUCCGGCUGACCCGUUUCAGACGGCAUUCUUUAACUAAGGACACAGAACCGCAUCUUCCAACACUGACAAAAAUUCAAAACUAAAUUAUAACUAUGACUAAAACAGAACAUGAAAAGAAAAGGCGGCCUUUUGUGAGCACCCAGAUAAUCCUCCUCCGUGCGGAGCAGCAUAGCAGCGGUCAGGGCUCAACUCCCUCGCUUCCCCGCCUCUCCUUUCUUGAGUCUCCCACAGCUCAGACUGAGAGCAGAACCUGGUAUUUAUCUUUAGCGCCGUCAGCAGUUCUCAGCCUCAUCUCGAAGGAACUCUUUAUUUGCUAUUUCCCUCUAACUUGUGGGCACUUCACGGGCAAUGCUCAGAUUGCAGAACCAGCCUCCCCCGUGUGGCUUCUUGGCACCAGACCCUGAAGACAUCGGGAGUCAGCUCACAGGGCAGCUUUUGUUAUUUGGUUCUCCACUCCACAGCAUAGCUCCUGAUUUGACCACGCACCACAAUUAAUCACUGGGAUCUUCUAGGAGAACAGAAGUUAAGAGUAACAUCAUGGCCUCAGCGGGUCUCCAGCUCCUUGCUUUCAUCCUGGCCUUAUCUGGGGUCUCUGGAGUACUCACUGCCACUAUGCUGCCCAACUGGAAGGUCAGUGCAGAGCCAGGCUCCAACAUCGUAACUGCUAUCGUGCAGGUGCACGGGCUAUGGAUGGACUGCACAUGGUACAGCACCGGGAUGUUCAGCUGUACCCUGAAAUACUCCAUCCUGUCUCUACCCGUCCACGUACAGACGGCCAGGGCCACCAUGGUGCUGGCCUGCGUUCUGUCUGCUUUGGGGAUCUGCACUUCUGUAGUGGGGAUGAAAUGCACUCACUUAGGUGGGGACACAUACACCAAGAGCCAGAUCUCCUUGGCUGGAGGAGUCUGCUUCGUGGUUGCAGGGAUCGCUGGCUUAAUCCCAACAGUGUGGUACACCAAGGAGAUCAUAGAAAACUUUCUAGACGUGACCAUUCCGAAAAGCCACAGAUAUGAACCCGGAGGAGCUGUCUACGUCGGGUUCAUCUCGGCGGUGCUACUACUUGUCUCUGGUAUUAUUUUCUGCACUUCUUAUAUAAAAAAGAACCCGAAACCACGGAUCUACCCCACCAGGCAGAAACAGGCCUCGACCUGGCAGCCAGAGAACAGGUUAGCAUAUAACCUGAAGGAUUACGUGUAAGAGCUGUGCUGUGGACGUGCAACGAAGCUCUGGGAGCCUGCUAAAACUUUGUUAGAACGAAGAAAACGAGACAAAAUACUCUUACGCUCAACUUUCUUUACAAAGAGGACAAAAUAUUAAAAAAAAUUAUGAGGUACUUUAAAAUGACAACAAACUACCAUAUACAAUUAUAUCUGUCUUGAAUUUAUUUUCCUAUUAUUGCAUUCAUGUUUUAUUUAGAAGUAUAUAAUUGAAAGAGGUCUGACUAUAUUAAUAAGGCGACGGGUGACAGAAUUAAUUUAUUUUUAAAGAUAUAUUUUAGAUUAGUUUUUUUGUAAUUAUUAAGUAUAAAAAGUACCUUCCCUUGGUGUUGAUCAAGGAUAUCUCCUGGUCUGCCCUCUGGUGGACAAUGCCUGAGUAGCCAGUUUCUGUUUUAAAGCCAUAGGAUGUGGAGGAGACUCCGGUACAGAGGACCAGAACUCAUGUACAUGUUGCCCAAGCCAUCAGCCCCAAGCCCCAGCUUCCAUCCUAAUUUAUCAUGUGUUAUGAUAUAAUGUAUGCAAACUAAAAUUAGAUACGAUUCAUGAGCUGGUAGAUGCUAAUGCAGCAUACGAAAGCCAAUAUAAGCACAAACUAAAAUAUGGCACUUUCUAAGUACAUAAUAAGACCGACUAAUAAGACCUCUGCUUGCUUUAAAUACCCAAGGGCUGCUCUCUCUUCUGCAUCUAGAAAAUAGAUUAAGUUCAUUUCCCCAAUUAUUUAUAUUUACCCUAUCCCAAUGAAUCUCACAGUUAGCACUAUCUGACUCAGCCACAGUUUUCCCCCAUACAAGGUACUGGAGAAGCCAGACGGCCUCCUGUGUGCUGGGGCUCAGAGACAUGCUCCACUAUGUUUGGCUCAGUCAUUUUUAAGCUGUACUUUUUUCCUCAAAUUUUAUUCAAGUUAACAAAUCACUGUCGUUAUCUUAUAAAUGAGCAUCUUCAGUUAAUAGAAGCAAAAUAACUUUUAAAGUACAAAGAAAGUUUUUAAAAUAUACAUUUAAAUUAUGACAUGCAACUAGGAUAUUCUAUCAAAAAUUUGGACUUCCCAUUGGUGCAAAGAACACUGUAGGUUUUCCAGUAAUUUGUUUGUUAAUUCAUUGCUCAUAAUACAACUUCUAAGAGAAAAAGGAUUGUGCAUUAUUAAUGACUUAGAAAGAGAAAAGAGCGUUUAUGCGAAUGAAUAAUUUAAACUCGUGUCAUCAGAAGAGAGACUAAAAUGUGUUAAUUCUAUUACUUAGUAGAUUUCAUGCUCUACUAGGACAGCUGCAGCUAAGUGUUAGAUCUUACAGACCGUUUCCUGCAAACUUUCUUCAGGGGAGCAAAUACAACAAGUCACACUCAUGAACUAACACAAACGCGUAAAG